AUGGGUGACCAAGAGUCUGAGAUUGGGUACUUCAUGGUGAGUGACAAGGAUGGUUCUUCAAUCUCGUGUGAGGAGAGUCAUUCCAACGAGGAGCACCCGAGGGCCAGCAGGUGUAAGAUGACUGUCAUGGACGUCGACAACGAUGGCCACUGUCUCAAUAUACAGGCGUCAAUUGAUUCCUCCACGUCCGUUAUCUCUAGCUGUCUGUACCACCUGGACAGCCACAAAGAGGACCUGUACCCAGAGGAACGAGCUGACAACAUUAUGGAGUGGGAUGUGUGCUCGUUCGACAUUGCCAGGGAGGCCCACGAGUACGCCGUCGGGAAGUACCUGGGCAAGCCGACGGCGAUCCCAGACGAGCGCAUGGCGACGCACCCCAUAUGGUCGACUUGGGUGCGCUACAAGAAAGACGUCGACGACGAGAAGGUGAGACAACUGGCCGCAGAGAUUCUCGCCAACGGCUUCAACAACAGCCACAUUCAGGUGGACGACAACUGGGAGACCUGCUACGGCAGUCUCACAUUCGACGCCAACAAGUUCCCCGACGUGAGGGCGCUGACGGACGACCUCCGCCAGCUGGGCUUCCGGUCGACGCUGUGGAUACACCCGUUUGUGAGCGAGGACUGUGAGCCCUACCACUCGGAGGCGCUGUCCAAAGGCUACUUCGCGACCAACACAGAGGGCAGCACCCGCACACAGUGGUGGCGUGGCUACGGCGGAGUCAUCGACUUCACCAACUCCAAAGCCGCAGAUCAAUCGCAUCUGGCCUGGAGGGCGACGGCGCUGCUGGUGGCGUGGGCGGUGGUGUGUCCCGCGGCGGCCGAACUCAGGACCGGCUACGACGAGGACAGCGGCCGGUUGCUGGUGCUGUCUGCCACAGGUGACGAAGAGUUUGAGAUUGGUUACUUUGUGGUCAGUGACAAGGAUGGCUCUUCAAUCCCAUGUGGGGAGAGUCGUUCCAACAAAGAACACUCCAGAGCCAGCAGUUGUAAAAUAACUGUAGAGAAUGGAGACAGUGAUGGCCACUGUCUCAAUAUACAGGCGUCAAUUGAUUCUUCCACGUCCGUUAUCUCUAGCUGUCUGUAUCACCUGGACAGCCAUGUAUAUGGCGGGCACGAGACGAUAUACCCAAAGUGGCCGAUGGAGUCCAAGGAGUACGACCACAUGCCGUAUGUGACCGUGAAGACAGAUCACAUCGGCAUCGCCGUGCGUUACUGGCUUUUCUCUGACGGGAGACUGGUCCAUAUCCCGUCAUACAUACCACUCUUCAUAAGCCAGAACACUAACGAUUCAGUGAAUUCCCUAUGUUUUAUCGCUGAGAACAAGGACCCGUACCCACUGGAACGAGCUGACAACGUUAUGGAGUGGGACGUGUGCUCUUUCGACGACGCCAGGGAGGCCCACGAGUACGCCGUCGGGAAGUACCUGGGCAAGCCGACGGCGAUCCCAGACGAGCGCAUGGUGACGCACCCCAUAUGGUCGACUUGGGUCCGCUACAAGAAAGACGUCAACGACGAGAAGGUGAGACAACUGGCCGCAGAGAUUCUCGCCAACGGCUUCAACAACAGCCACAUUCAGGUGGACGACAACUGGGAGACCUGCUACGGCAGUCUCACAUUCGACGCCAACAAGUUCCCCGACGUGAGGGCGCUGACGGACGACCUCCGCCAGCAGGGCUUCCGGUCGACGCUGUGGAUACACCCGUUUGUGAGCGAGGACUGUGAGCCCUACCACUCGGAGGCGCUGUCCAAAGGCUACUUCGCGACCAACACAGAGGGCAGCACCCGCACACAGUGGUGGCGUGGCUACGGCGGAGUCAUCGACUUCACCAACUCCAAAGCCGCCAGCUGGUGGAUCAAUCGCGUCUGGGCGCUUCGGAACGAGACGGGGCUGGACUCCUUCAAGUUCGACGCCGGCGAGACCAGCUGGCUGCCGCAGCUGCCCGCCAUCACGCCCCUGGAGGUCAACCCGGUGCGCUUCACCGACGACUACGUCCAGACCGUCUCGCAGUUCGGGCCCAUGAUAGAGGUGCGCGCCAGUGUCGAGAGCCAGCACCUGCCUCACUUCUUCCGAAUGAUCGACAAGGACAGCAGCUGGAGCGCCCAGAACGGUCUGAAGACGUUGAUACCCACACUGCUGCAGAUGAACAUAGUGGGCCACCCUUUCGUUCUGCCAGACAUGGUGGGCGGUAAUGGCUACAAAGGUGACGUGCUUGACAAGCAGCUGUUCAUACGCUGGCUGCAGGUCAACGUCUUCAUGCCCACUAUACAGCUCUCCUCCGUGCCCUGGGACUACGACAACGAGACGGUGGAGAUCUUCCGCAACAUGACAGCGCUGCACGCAAUGCACGCGCCUCGUAUUGUGGAAGCCAUGAAGCGGGCGGUGAAGGACGGCACCCCUGUCAACCCUCCCAUCUGGUGGCUCGACCCUACAGACUCGACGGCCCUCACCAUCGAUUCAGAGUUCCUUCUGGGAGAGGACCUCCUGGCAGCGCCCAUCGUGCAGCACGACACAUACGAACGCGACGUCUACCUGCCCAGAGGCAGCUGGCAGGACGAGGUGGACCCAGAGCACCCCACCAUAGAGGGCCCCACCUGGCUCCGCGACUACCCGGCGCCUCUCAACACGCUGCCCCACUUCACCAGGGUCACCUCCUCAUAGGUCUCACCGACUAAAAUGUUUCACGUUUCGUAUAAAAAAUAAAAUAACUUAUGUCUAUCAUCUUGAGUUUGUAAAUGAUGCAUUUCAGGAAAGUAUGACAUUUCACCUGCUUUCACCUGAUGUCAGUGAUAAGCAAUACCUUCAGAGUGGUAUGUAGUUUUGUGUCGUAAUGCGUUUCAUAACAUAACACAAGUCACUCCAAUUAACAGCUCUUGAGCAACUCAGAUGCGUCAAAAGGGCGUGUCUCACCAUUAUUAACCCUUUAAUCAAUAUCCUUACCAUCAUCUUAUCUUAGAUGAAUCACAAACUUUGAGUAAGGAAUGAAAAUUAUGUUGAAAAUGUGAAAACUGAGACCUUCAGGUUGAAACACCCCCUCAGAAAAAUUAAUGAAUUACUGUGCUGAGAAACCUCUUACGUUAUUUGAUUUUCAAGCAGCUGAGCAGAACUGAACGUACUCAGACAUUUCUCUCUUUACUUAUUCUGAU